AUGAUGAUUCUGAUUACCAAUUCUUCUUCAUUAAAUUUAAAUAAAAUAAUUAAAUACCAAUUACCUUUACAAGAUUUUUCUAAAAAUUUUUGUUUAAAUAUUAAAAAUAAAAAAGAAUAUAGCGAAUUUAAAGAAUUUAUUGUUAAAAGAAAACAAAAUUAUUUUGGACAGGGAAGUCCUAAAAAAAUUGUUGGAGAAAAAAUAUAUUGUAGACAGUGUAAAUCCCCAAUAGAAUCAAAAACCUUAGCAAUUACAGCAAUUACCCAUUUUGGAGUAUAUGCCCAUUGGCAUCCAAAUUGUUUUGUUUGUGUUGAAUGUAAAGAAUUAUUGGUUAAUUUAAUUUAUUUUGCACAUCAAGACAAUAUUUUUUGUGGUCGUCACCAUGCAGAAUUAACCAAACCUCGAUGUGCUAGUUGUGAUGAAUUAAUAUUUGGCGAGGAAUGUACGGAAGCUGAAGGAAAAACUUGGCAUUUAAAUCAUUUUUGUUGUAUAAAAUGUAAUCAACCAUUGGCUGGUUGUCAAUAUGUGAUGAAAAUUUUAAAAGAAAAUAAAAAAGAAUUUCCUUUUUGUUUGGAUUGCUGUCAAAAUAAUUCUUCUUCUUCAAAUAAUUAUUGUGCAACUUGUUUUGUUAAAAUUCCUUGUGAUUAUCCACAUAUUGUUGCUAAAAACGAAAACUCUUUUAAAUGGCAUAUAAAUUCUAAUUGUUUUUGUUGUUCUGUUUGUAAAGUAAUUAAUAAUUAUUUUAAAAUAUAUUUUAAAAUAUAA